AUGAAUACACUACUUCAAAUCUUCAAAGACAGCGAACUCCUCGGCUCCGGCGGCUUUGGUCGGGUCUACAAAGGCACCUUACCCAACUCAAAGACCCAAAUCGCCGUCAAGCGAAUCUCACACGACUCGAAACAAGGCGUUCGCGAAUUCCUCUCGGAAAUCUCCAGCAUCGGCCGGCUCCGUCACCGGAAUCUGGUUCAGCUGAUGGGCUGGUGCAGGCGUGGGGCAGACCUCCUCCUCGUUUACGAUUUCAUGCCUAACGGAAGCCUGGACCGAUUCUUAUUCGAAAUUGGGCCCGAGCCCAAUACCGAACGGGCCUUGAGCUGGGAACAGAGGUUCAGGAUCGUGAAAGUGGUUGCUUCGGGCCUACUAUACCUUCACGAAGGCUACGAACAAGUCGUGAUACACCGGGACGUGAAGGCUAGUAACGUGUUGUUGGAUAGCGAGAUGAAUGCUCGAUUAGGGGAUUUCGGGCUUGCGAAACUUUACGAUCACGGGUCAAACCCUGGGACGACUCGGGUCGUGGGGACUUUAGGUUACCUCGCGCCCGAGCUAACAAGGACGGGCCGGGCCACGACGGGCUCAGAUGUUUUCGUGUUUGGGGAGCUUUUGCUCGAGGUUGUAUGUGGGCGUAGGCCCAUUGAGCGUAAAUCCGGGCCCGAGGAUUUCGUAUUGGCCGAACAUGUGUGGAGCGAGUGGAAGGAAGGGAGGGUUAUGAGUGUGGUGGACCCGAGGAUGAAAGGUGGUGGGUUUGAUCGGGAUGAGGUUUUGAUGGUGUUGAAGUUGGGCUUGAUGUGUUCGGCCCACGAGCAGACGGCAAGGCCCGGGAUGAGGCAGGUCGUGAGCUAUUUGGAGGGCGAGAGUGAGUUGCCAGAGGCUCCAGAGGGGCAUUUUGGGGAUAAGGGAGGGUUUGAAGAGUAUGUUAACUCGUUUGCAUCAUCUUCGUUUGGGGAGACGAGGGUGGUCGAUGGAGGGUUUCGGUCCUUUUCGACCUCGCCUUUUACGCUAUUGGGUAGUAGUGUAGGGGAAGCU